ACACACUCACACACACACACAGAGCUCCUCAUCCAUCGUGUCACUCUCCAGCCGCAGGGGGUCCGAGCGCGUCCUGCGCCACCGCACUUUGUCAAUGGGAAUCUAACGUGUCCCAGCUCCAGAGCUCAGAGUGGGAUCUCUUAUUUGAAACCACUUCUCCUUUUAUUUCUUUUUUUUUUGGUGUUUUUGCUCAAGGACUCGGGAAGUGAAGACUAACUUGGGCAGAUUUGUGAAGAAGUGGCACCGCGCGUAAUGCUCCGCGUGUAGAAACACCCGGAGCCUGUUUUAAUUUUUCUUUUUUAGAGUUGAUUGUUUCUUGCGGGUGUCCAUCAUGGCUUUCGCCCGAUUGAGCACCUUCUUGAGCAAGAGCAAGAAGAAGGUGAAGCAGUACGAGCACGUCCACCGGGACAUCAACCCCAACGACCUGUGGGAGAUCGUGGGAGAGCUGGGCGACGGUGCGUUCGGGAAGGUCUACAAGGCCAGGAACAAGGAGACCGACGCUCUGGCCGCAGCCAAAGUGAUCGAGACGAAAUCGGAAGAAGAGCUGGAGGACUACAUCGUGGAGAUCGACAUCCUGGCUAAAUGUGACCACCGCUUCAUCGUCAAGCUGCUAGACGCCUUCUUCCAUGACAACAAGCUGUGGAUCAUGAUUGAGUUCUGCCCCGGAGGUGCCGUGGAUGCCACAAUGCUCGAGCUGGAUCGGUGUCUGACGGAGCCGCAGAUCAAGGUGGUUUGCCGUCAGAUGUUGGAGGCUCUGGUUUAUCUGCACAGUAUAAAGAUCAUCCACAGAGACCUGAAGGCUGGAAACAUCCUCCUCAUGCUGGACGGGGACAUCAAGCUCGCUGACUUUGGUGUGUCUGCGAAAAACACCAAAACCCUACAACGGAGAGACUCAUUCAUUGGAACACCGUACUGGAUGGCCCCCGAGGUGGUCAUGUGUGAGACCAUGAAGGACGCUCCGUACGACUACAAAGCCGAUAUCUGGUCCCUGGGGAUCACGCUGAUCGAGCUGGCCCAGAUCGAGCCCCCCCACCACGAGCUCAACCCCAUGAGGGUGCUGCUGAAGAUCGCCAAGUCGGAGCCGCCCACCCUGGAGCAGCCGCACAAAUGGUCGCAGCAGUUUAAAGAUUUCCUGAAGAAAAGUUUGGAUAAAAACCCGGAGAGUCGUCCGACCGCGACACAGCUCCUGGAGCAUCCGUUUGUGAAGUCGGUGACGUCCAACCGUCCUCUGCGGGAACUGGUGGCCGAGGCCAAGGCAGAGGUCAUGGAGGAAGUAGAGGACAAUGGAGAGGAAGGAGAGGAGGACGACGCCAUGGAGCUCACAGUGUCUCCAGGUAAAGAGCCAUGUCAGACCAGUCAGACCAGUUUGGAAGUGGACCAGUCUGCGGACACCCCGAGCCCCACCACGCCCUCCCCGACCACACCGAUACCUCUACCCAGGAUGGGGGCGGAGCCAGACACACCGACACAGGAGCAGCCGGGCUCCGUUAUGGUGGUCCCUGUGCCCCUGCCGCGGCAAAACCUCCCCCCAAAAGACCCGGAGGAGCUGGGGGAGGAGCUGGGGGACAAACUGGGCGAUGAUGUCCUGCUUGAGUCCGAGAAAUCCGAGAGCGAGUCCUCGACCAAAACCUCCAGCUCGGACUCGGGCAUUGAGGAUGGAAAGAGCACCCCCACAUCAGAGGAGGAAAAGGUUGGUGUGGAGACCCCAGAGACGGAGCAGCCGCCAUCUCUCUCCGAAGCCUCUGAGGAGCAGGUGGACAUCAUCAUAGACUCACCAGAACCAGAGAAGCCCACAAUCCUGGCGCCUGAGGAUAAGAGCGAUGUUCUUAUCGCCAAUGGAGUCACAACCACAGGAAUAACAGAAACGACAGCAUGGAGCCCGAGCCCGGCUGUCGCUCCUCAACCUUCUCCGGCACCUUCUCCAGCACCUUCCCCUGCUCACACGCCAGGCCCUGUGUCCCGCUCCAGGCCGAACGGCAGCAUCACCAAGGACCGGCCCGAGCGGAUGUCGACAGGAGGCAACGGUGAGGCCAUCCCGCCUUACAUCAAUGGAGGGAUCAUCAACAAACGCUUCUCCUACUCGGGCAGCAUGGCGUCCGAGAGCAUGGACAUGUCGAUCCACAAGGAGACCAUCUCCAUGUCUGCCAGGGACUAUUCGAGUAAGACUCUGAAGCGAACCAGGAAGUUUGUUAUUGACGGCGUGGAGGUGAGCGUCACCACCUCCAAGAUCAUCAGGGACGAUGAGAAGAAAGAUGAGGAGAUGAGAUUCCUGAGACGUCAGGAGCUUCGAGAGCUGCGGCUGCUGCAGAAGGAGGAGCACAGAGCUCAGGCCGUUCUAACUGGCAAACUGGAAACACAGAAAGAACAGAUGCAGAGACGAUUUGACCAGGAGAUGAAUGCCAAGAAGAAGCACUAUGACCUGGAGCUGGAGAACCUGGAGAAGAAUCAGAAGCAGACCAUUGAGAAGAUGGAGGCCGACCACACCGUCAAACUCAAAGACGAGACCAGGCGCAUCAAAACAGUGCAGGAGAAGGACCACGACAAGUUUCAGGAUCUCAUCAGAUACAGGAAGAAGGAGGUAAAACAGGCGGUUGAUAAGUUGCCUAGAAAUCAGCGUAAAGAAUCCAUGAAACAGAAGAUGAACUCCUUCCAAGAAAUGAAGAUUAAAGAGGAGGAGAAAUUCUUGGCGCAGCAGAAGAACUACCUGGACACCACGCUGAAGAAAAUCAUCUCCAACAACAAGAAGGAGAUUGCAGAAACAGAGAAGCAGUGUCUCAACAAGAAGCAGAACCUAAUAAGAGAGCGCGAAGCUACGGUGUGGGACAUGGAGGAGAAGAAUCUCUACGAGAGACAUCAGCUGUUGAAGCAGCAGCUGAAAGAUAAAUACUUCCUCCAGAGGCACCAGCUGCUCAAGAAACAUGAAAAGGAGCAAGAGCAUAUGCAGUGCUACAAUCAGCGGAUGAUUGAGAUCCUGAAAGGUCGGCAGCAGCAGGAGAAGAGCCGGAUGCCCAAGAUCCAGCGCGGGGAAGCCAAGACCCGCAUGGCCAUGUUCAAGAAGAGCCUCCGCAUCAACUGGACGGGAAGCAGCGCGGAGGACAGAGAGAAGAUCAAACAGUUUUCUGCGCAGGAAGAGAAGCGGCAGAAGGCCGAGCGGCUCCAUCAGCAGCAGAAACACGAGAAUCAGAUGAGGGAGCGGGUCGGGGCGUGUGAGAGCAACAUCCGAGAGCUGAAGCAGCUGCAGAAUGAAAAAUGUCACCUGCUGGUGGAGAACGAGACUCUGAAGCUCAAGUAUCUGGAUGAGCAACACAACCAGGUGAUGAAGGACUGGAGGGAUCAUCUGAAGCCCAGGAAGAAGGCCCUGGAAACAGACCUGACCAUGAAGAAAAAGGAGCAGGAGGCGUUCUUCAAGAUGAGCGACAGUUCGGACUGUCCAAACCCCAGCUCGCCCAAUAAACUCUCCAAGUUCGUGCCUUACCAAGACUCUUCUACCACAUAGAAGCCUCUGCUGUGAUACUGCACAUCUCCUGGCAUACACACACAAACACACACACACGCUCACACACAGGCCUUACAAUUGUCUGCUGCCUCAGUUUUAUUUAGCUUUGCCAGUAACAGCAGCCUAGUUACCCCUCCAUCAGGUCCCCAUAUUGUUUUAGUUCAUAUUUAUGUUUUAACACAUUUUUCUCUGAAGACAUCGUAGCAUUGAAUUGACCUAAAAACCCACAACGUGCUUCAGAUUGAUUUUCCUUUACCGCUCACCAGUAGAACAUCUGGAUCACACAAUACAGUGACUGAUGAUUCGGACGAGCUGAAGACACCAAAGUGAUUUUAAUUGGUCUUCAUCGUUUGUUGUCUUGAGGAGGGAAUUUACUUUUUGUACGAUGAGAGUUUGUUUGUUUCUAGAAAAGCUGGUGAGCCAGAAUCUAAGCACUUUUUGUUCACCCCCAAAUGAUCGGUGUCGUCUUCCAGAAAUGACCAAAGAAACACCCUAGCGUUAAUUGGUUAAUGACCUUUUUGUGAAUUUAUCUAUGUCUUGGUCUAUUCAGCUGCUUGUCAGACCGAUGCAUGUCAUAUAGCUGCCAAAGUUCGCUUAUAUUUAUUUUUACUGAUUUAAGAAAAAUCCAGAUUUAUCACUGUAAACUCUUCUUUUAAGCAAACCCCAUGGUAUGAAGGAUGUUCUAAUUUUUUAUUUUGUUUAAAUUAUGUAGGGAUGAGGCUGUACCCAAAAUCAAAACAUUUAUAUUUCUUUUUAAGUGAUUAUUUAGGUAAGAGAUUUUAACAGACAAGGAAUGGCUUGCUUCUUAUUUUCAUAUAGUGUUGGAUGUGGUGACAUUUGUUAUUUUUCUGUUGUAUUCUUACUGUAAAAUCAGUCACACUGGACGGGAACUGACGAAGCCAAAGUAAAAAUACUGUUAUGUUCUUUGAAGGAUGUUCAACGGGGGAUUUAAAGCUAAAUAAUAAAUAAAAAAAGAGGUAUUAAGUGUGUAAUUGUUAUACCGUGUGCAGUAAAUGCACUUCCUGCUAACCAAAGUGCAAUAUUACAUGUAUGUCUUUGCUAACCUUUUAUAGGUUGUUUUUUUUUAGUUCUUCUUAAAUUUGCCUUCUUUUGCACUGAGAGGGAGAAUAAUGUGAAGAGUUUAAACCAAAUACAGAUGUAUCAGAGUCAUGCAAAGGAAACACUGCUUAAAUUUAUUUUAUCUUUUAUGUUUUUUUGGGGGGAGGGGGACUUAGAAAGCAGGGGUCUCAGUUUUAAGUGAUGAUCUGCAAUUGGAACAUGACUCUUCAUGUAUUUUUUUAAGGGAGUGCAACAAUAGGCUGCUGCAAGAUGCCUCCGGAUGUUUCAUCCACGUUUGCAGCCGACAAACUUGUUUCCUUAGGGAGAGAGAGUGAUUUUUAGAGCAGUUUGACCUGCGGGUUUUAACCAUAUCAGGUCAGUAAUCAGGUACAGCUCCGUGUCUCUCUCUGGCUCCCUCUCGCACACUGUCUCUGAAGUAUUUAAAGAUGUUGUACAAAUUCUCCUUCCUGUCAUGUUGAAUGGCUCCAUCUCGGUCUUCCUCUCUGCCUCAGUUUACAUGACGUUGUUUGUAUGGAGGGGUCGUGAGUGUGAAUGAAACUGUAUCAGAAGGAACCACUGUUGUAAAUAACUAAAUAAAUGCAGAUUUUCUAAUUA